UACUUUCCUAAUGUAACAAAAACGAUAAACAAAAGAAGAAUAUAAACACCGGUAAGGUGGUUGAGACCUCCGCCCUCUUUCUCCUUCGAUAUAUUCGAGGAACUGAAGUUUGACACAUAAAUAAAAACCAAGGCGCUUUUCAUUUCAUUGUUGUACAUUCAUUUGGGUUUGAUCCUUAAUUAUUCCUGUUUCUAAAUGAUGGCUCAACUCCUUAAUUCCUCCUUCACUCCUUCAAUCAGCAGCAGCAGCAUUCACCGCCAAUCACAAUUGACCACCCGAAAAUGUAGUAAAAUUCAAGCAAAGAUCCGAGAAAUAUUCAUGCCGGCAUUAAGCUCAACAAUGACGGAAGGAAAGAUCGUUUCAUGGAUCAAAUCCGAAGGAGAAAAGCUGAAUAAAGGAGAGUCUGUAGUUGUUGUUGAAUCCGAUAAAGCCGACAUGGAUGUGGAGACGUUUUAUGACGGAUACUUGGCCGCUAUCAUGGUGGAGGAAGGCGGUGUCGCACCUGUCGGUUCUGCCAUUGCCUUACUGGCAGAAACGGAAGACGAAAUCUCCCAAGCGGUAUCCAAAGCAAAACAACAAUCAUCAUCAUCAUCGUCUUCGUCUUCUGUGGCGGAAACCGCCUCACCGCCUGCUGCUGUGGAAUCGAAGGCGCCUGCUGUGGCUGUGGCUGUGGCUGCUCCGGUGGCUUCCACACACCCGGCUUCCGAUGGAGGGAAGAGGAUAGUGGCGUCUCCUUAUGCGAAAAAGCUUGCAAAGGAAUUGAAUGUGGAUUUGAGUGGAGUUGUGGGAAGUGGACCAUUGGGAAGGAUUGUGGCUAAAGAUGUUGAGGCUGCUCUUGUUGCCGCUGCACUUGUUCCUCCUGCUGCUAAGACCGAGACCACACGAGUUGAGAGCGAUUCGGUUGUUGCCUUUACUACAAUGCAAGGCGCUGUUAGUAAGAACAUGGUUCAAAGUCUUGGAGUGCCUACUUUUAGAGUUGGUUAUACUAUUACUACUGAUGCCCUUGAUGCUCUUUACAAAAAGAUUAAGCCCAAGGGAGUGACAAUGACUGCAUUGUUAGCCAAGGCCACAGCACUUGCAUUGGCUAAACACCCUGUUGUGAAUUCAAGCUGUAGAGACGGAAAGAGCUUUACAUACAACAGCAAUAUCAACAUUGCUGUUGCUGUUGCAAUAGAUGGUGGGUUGAUAACUCCUGUCCUUCAAAACGCAGAUAAGGUUGACAUUUAUUCAUUGUCAAGAAAGUGGAAAGAGUUAGUUGACAAGGCCCGGGCAAAACAGUUGCAACCCCAGGAAUACAACACAGGUACAUUUACUCUUUCCAACCUUGGAAUGUUUGGAGUUGAUCGAUUUGAUGCUAUCUUGCCACCAGGAACUGGUGCAAUCAUGGCUGUUGGGGCGUCUGAGCCCACUGUUGUUGCCACGAAGGAUAGCCGGAUCGGCAUGAGGAGUCAGAUGCAGGUAAAUGUUACAGCUGAUCACCGUGUAAUAUAUGGAGCGGAUCUUGCUCAGUUUUUGCAGACUCUGGCAAAGAUCAUCGAGGAUCCUAAAGACCUGACAUUCUAGUUGAACCCAGACUAUUAGAAAGCUUUUCUUGUAGUGUAUACCAUGGGGUCCUGCUUUCGAUCCAUUUGCCAUGUUAACCUUCACAUGAGUUUCAAAUUUCCCUUGGAACACAACGUCAGUGUAUUUUUGAAGAGUCCCAAAAGUCUUGUGAAAUUUCAGAAUAAAUUUAUUGUUAUAAUCAUGCCUUCAAUGAAACUUCCAUUUUCUCGUA